AUGGAGUGCGUUAAGGUACGAUCGUCAAAGAGAGUGUCAAAGAAGUGCAAGAGGCAUGCCGAAGACAAGGAUAACAAACUCAAACACCACGAGUGUGACACGGAGCAUAUGGACGACGAUUCUUCAUCCACACUCUCCGACUUGGAGGCAAGCCUGGAUUCUUUGUACGAGAAGCGAUCGAGCACCCGAGAGGCCGGCUUGAAGGGCAUGAUUGACGCUUUGGGGGCGAGGGUGAUGACCCACUUCGUCGACGACAAGUAUGAAACGUUGACUCAUCAAAUCCUAUCGUCAAUCAAGCAGAGUUCUUCGACAGAGGCUGUUCUUGCGGGGCGUGCUCUGGCCAUGGUUUCCAUCACCGCGGGAGCAGGGAAAGUGGCCGAGCACGUAUUCGAGGCUAGCUUCCCUCAUCUCUCCAGGAGUUCCAAGCUUGGACGCGAUUCUGCCGCGAGGGUUUCAGCGAUUGAGGCUCUCGGGAUGUUAACUUUCGUUGGUGGCGUUGAGGCGUCCACAGAAAACGCAAUGGAGGUCCUGUGGCAAAUUGUCAUCCACAAAGGCAGUGCUCACGCAGAUCAAACUCUUGGUACGAGCAAACCCCCACCUCCAGUCAAGGCGGCCGCCAUCACGGCUUGGAGUUUGCUGCUUUCUACGUUGAGCUCCAAGAGAGUCAUGGCCCUCCAGCUCUCGAGUGUCGUGGGAGCUCUGUCCUCGUUGCUCGAGGAUCCAGAUCUAGGUGUUCGCAAGGCUGCCGGGGAAGCCAUUGCUCUUCUCUGCGAACUUGGCGAUAUCCACCUCUUGCAGCAAGCUCUUGGCGAAGGUGAAACAACGAAGACGAUGGCGAUGGAGCUGCAGGUGGUGGAUCAGAUGAAAGCGCUGGCUGCCUCUUCCAGCCGGAAGGGCCAGACAAAGAAAGAAAGAUCCGAGCAGAGAAGCAGCUUCAGGGACAUGGUGGCGAUUCUCGAAGGUGGUGCAUGUCACGAGACUUGUCUCAAGCUCAAGCAUGGUGACUCGCUCAAGAUCAGUACGUGGAGCCAAACCGUGCAGCUCAAUGCCUUCCGGAGGCUCCUGGGCGAAGGCUUUCAGAGGCACUUGCAAGAAAACAAUCUCCUGCACGAAGUGUUCAACUUUGUUCCAAGUGAUGCCGUGGUUUACAAGGGGACAACAAAACAGCAAAAGCACCAUAACUGCAUAGUGAGUAAAAUGAAGACUCAACUCAUGAACCAAAGAAGAUGUGCCCUUGAGGCCAGUCAGUCGUUAGUGGUGGAGGAGGCAAGCACGAUGAAGGUUCUGUGGCAGAUUGUCAUCAGUGCUCACGUAGAUCAAACUCUUGGUACGAGCAAACCCCAUCACAGCUUGGAAUUUGCUGCUUUCUACGCUGAGCUCCAAGAGAGUCAUGGGCCUCCAGGUCUGGAGUGUCUUGGGAGCUUUGUCCUCGUGCUUAACGCCUUCUGA